AAAAUUGCAUACAAUUACAUGCAAAUGAGAUUUGGGAAAAAUGGAGAAUCAAGGUCUUGAAAGAAGCAACGAAUCACUCGAGGAUGUCCAAAAUGGUGAAAAGCUCGAGUUGAACGACAUGUCAGCCGAUGAGACAAAAAUAUCAAUCGAGAACGAGAAUGCGAUAGACAUAGAGAAAAAUGAAGAAGAGUUGGUCGUGAAAGACCAAGUAUCAAAGUAUGAAUUAAUAGUUGGUGGUGCUCAGAAGGGUAUGCAUGAUUUCUUCUAUGGGAAUCCGAAACGUACUCGGAUCAUGAAAUGGUUGUUUGUAGCCGUACUUAUCGUUGGGUGGCUGAUUUACCUGGGCUUUGCAACUGCCUACAGUGUCCAAAUGGCCCUUCCUUUGAUAAUAAUCACUGGACUGGUGAUACUCUGCGUUAUAUACUAUUUUGUAAAGAAAUACCAUGGUGAGAGAAUUUGGAAAUGUUGUUUGACUUCUUUUGGAACAGCUUGUUCGAAAGCAUCCAGAGUUUUAAAAUGGGUCUUCCUGCUCUUAGUUUUGGUCGGCAUUGGGUUGAUGCUGUAUUUUCUAGUUGGAAAAGAAAGGCCAAAGAAUCUGAUAUCUGCAGUUGGCGCAUGCUCAAUAGUUCUCGUAUGUUUUGUCACGUCAGCAAACCCAGCGAAGGUGAAAUGGCGACCCGUGCUCUGGGGACUAGGUAUUCAACUGGUAUUUGGACUCGUAGUGCUUCGCUGGAGUUAUGGCUUUAUCGCGUUAAAUUGGAUCGCAACUCAACUUAGGACGUUCUUAGCGUAUGCAAAUUUUGGAUCGUCAUUUGUAUUUGGAGCACUCUAUUGUAACUUCCCAAUUGUAUUUCAAGCAUUACCACAGGCAGUCUUUUUCAGCUCAAUUAUCGGAAUCUUGUUCCAUUUUGGCGUAAUCCAGCAGAUAAUUCUAAAACUCGGGUGGCUGAUGGAGGUCACGCUUGGAACAACAGCAAUCGAGUCCGUUAGUGCAACGGCGAAUAUACUCGUCAGUAGUGUCGAAGGAGCUGUGAUUAUACGAGAUUGGCUUCCAAGUCUUACAUAUUCUGAGUUACAUGCUGUAAUGUGUGGAGGGUUUGCCACAGUGGCUGGGGAUACCAUGGCCGUAUUUAUAGCGAUGGGGAUAAAAUGCCUUAUUUCCACGCUAGACGGUCGGAUUAAAGGAAAUGUUGAUUUUUAUCUUAUCAAAGGCACCAGCUGAGCACGUUUUAACAGCAGCCAUUAUGAGUGCACCUGCAGCGUUAGCAUUGGCGAAACUGAGCGUUCCUGAGACUGACAUAUCAACGACAAAAGUAGCAGAUAUAAAGCUAGACAAACCAUCUUCGAGAAAUUUCAUUGAAGCUGCUGCGAACGGUGCCGUUGCUAUCAUUAAACUGGCCAGUCAUAUGGUCGUCAAUCUAAUUGCGGCUGUGGCACUACUGAGCUUCGUCAACGCUGUCUUGUUUUAUUUAGGAGCCGCUGUUGGCUUCGAAGGACUUUCAUUUCCAUGGAUUUGUUCCAAGGUGUUGAAACCGUUGGCCUAUAUUCUCGGAGUAUCAUGGGAGGACACUGAAAUUGUCGGGGAACUGAUAGGAACAAAAAUAUUUGCCAAUGAGUUUCUUUCUUAUCUCUACUUGGACGAAUACUAUCAAGCUGGGAAGUUAUCUGCCAGAUCCAGAGAUAUCGCCACCUAUACUCUUUGUGGAUUCGGAAGCCUUGGUGACAUUGGCAUAAAUGUGGGUGCAUUUGGCGCAUUUGCUCCUUCUCGAAGAUCUGACCUUUCAGAAAUGGGGUUACGAGCCUUGAAUAUUGGAAACUUGGCAGGAUUUCUAACGGCCAGUAUUGCGGGACUACUUUCCCAAUCUGAGGAAACGUACUUCAACGCAACGAUUGCCAACAAUGCUACAUUUAGCGAACCCUUGGUGUAUGCAUGCCCUUGAUGGAUUGCAUGUACCAUAUACACAGCACGGACUGGAAGAAUUGGACUCAUCGGUGUGAUUGACUCGUCCUGCUUCUGCCAUUUAUUCCAAUCUAUCAUUUUGUUAACGCAUUCAAACACAUUCUGCUUUCGUGGCCCAUUAUAACUCACUCAGCUCACUCGGGGUUUACAAGAGAACAUCAAGAGGACGGGACUACUGUUGUUACAACUUGAAAAACUCAUUGGUUUGCAUUUCAUUGGAUCGUAUCACAUCUGCUUACCCCUCUAUCACACCAAACUAACUAAUGGACCAGUGCUAAGAUUGAUCUCUGAAUGGAAUAAGUUAUCACUAGAAGAGAGGUCUACUCCCACCAUCUCUUUGUUCAAAAGUAAAAUCAAAAAGAAAUCUUCAAAGUUUAAUGACUUCAAUACAACUUCUAAACUCAAUCUUUCUCGAAAACAAGAAAUUACCUUAAACAGAAUUAGA